AUGCAAGCAGGGGCCAAGCGCUACGUGGUGGCGCGCGCUCUCUACUCUGAGGAGUCUUUCUCCGACGAGCACAAGAAGGUUUACAGGCACCGCAAGACCACCUUGGAUCACGUCAGGCAGUAUUUCACGUGUGAUGCCAAACGUGCCAAAAAUGCUAUUUUAUCCCUCCUGCCAAUCAUUGGCUGGUUUAAAAUCUACCGAGUCAAAGAGUGGUUGCUGAGCGAUAUUGUGUCAGGCGUCAGUACUGGACUUGUCGCAGUCCUGCAAGGGUUGGCAUACUGUCUCCUGGCUUCUCUUCCACCCUGGUAUGGCCUCUUCUCUGCUUUCUUCCCCGUUGUCAUCUACUUUUUCUUGGGAACCUCGAGACACAUCUCAGUGGGUCCAUUCCCAGUUUUGUGUCUGAUGAUCGGUUCGGUGGUCACCAGGCUCGUCCCGGAUGAAGGCCCGGCCGCGAACGUCACGGGUUUUGAAGGACUCACCAAGGAUGAGCAGCGAGUUUUGGUGGCGUCGUCAGUGACAUUCCUUGUGGGAAUCAUGCAGCUGGCGAUGGGCAUCCUUCAGGUGGGCUUCGUGGUCAUGUACCUGUCAGACACGCUGGUGUCCGGCUUCACCACUGCAGCCGCCAUUCACAUUUUGGUGUCCCAGUUGAAAUUUGUGCUGGGCCUGCAAGUCCCGGGAAUAAGCGGGCCACUUUCCAUUAUAUACACUCUAGAGGCCAUCUUUAACAAGAUCCAUUCCACCAACGUUUGCGACGUGGUCAUCUCCUUGGUCAUUAUGGUGGUGGUGUUUGUUGUCAAGGAGGUCAAUGACCGAUUUAAAGCCAAGUUGCCUGUUCCCAUCCCUAUAGAGGUUAUCAUGACUGUCAUUGCAUGCGGCGUUUCUUACGCCUUCGACUUCAGGACAAAAUAUGGCAUUGGUGUUGUCGGUCAUAUUCCAAAGGGGUAUGAGCCUCCCAUUGCACCGAAUCUACACAUCUUUCGAGACACAGCCAUGGAAGCAUUUCCAAUGGCCAUCGUGGGUUUUGCUGUGGCCUUCUCGGUGGCCAAAGUCUAUUCAGUCAAACAUGACUACACCAUAGAUGGAAAUCAGGAGCUGAUCGCUUUUGGCGCCAGCAACAUUGUGGGCGCGUCUUUUAAGUCAUUCGCCGCCAGUACGGCUCUGUCCAGAAGUGCAGUGCAGGAAAGUACUGGAGGCAAAACUCAGAUUGCCGGUUUGCUCUCAGCAGUCAUCGUGAUGAUCGUCACCCUAGCCAUCGGGUUCCUCCUGGAUCCCCUUCCGAAGUCCGUACUGGGCGCCGUGGUCAUUGUCAACCUGAAAGGAAUGCUCAUGCAGUUCCGAGAAGUGCCUUACCUGUGGAGGCGGGACAAGCCAGACUGUGCGGUGUGGUUAGGCACCUGCGUUGCCGCUAUUUUACUAGGUUUGGAUCUGGGUCUGGCGGCGGGUCUGGGCGUGGAGCUGCUCAGUGUGGUCCUCAGAGCGCAGUUCCCUCGUUGCAGCGUGCUGGCCAACAUUCACGGCACCGACAUCUAUAAGGACAGGAAGGACUAUGUUGACAUAUACGAGCCAGAAGGGGUGAAGAUCUUCCGUAUCCCUUCGCCAAUCUUCUUUGCUAACAUAGAGUUCUUUAGGAGCAAGCUCAUAGAAGCUGUCGGGUUUAAUCCCUUGAGGAUCCUCAGGAAGCGAAAUAAAGCACUACGAUUGCUCCGGAAACUUCUAAAGAAAGGUUAUCUCCAAUGGACCUCGUGCGGCCCCUUCAAGGAGUCUGUGGAGCUUGAAAGCAACGCAGAGGAGCUAGACAUGCCCACCGACUUCAAGGAUUUGCCCGCACGUGUGGACUGGAACGCUGAGCUGCCCGCCAACAUUGCCGUCCCACGAGUGGACCUUCACAGUUUGGUGCUGGACUUUGCUGCCGUCUCCUUUCUGGACGUCUCUGCUCUCAAGGGUCUCAAAGUGGCUCUUAAAGAGUUCAUCCGCAUUGAAGUGGACGUCUACAUUGUCGCCUGUGAUCCAUACAUCUUGGAAAAAUUGCACCAGUGCAGCUUCUUUGAUGACGAGGUCAAACCGUCCAUCUUCUUCCUGACGCUGCAUGACGCCGUACUGCACAUCUUGGACAAACACCCUGAGAGCUUACAAAAAAAUAUUUCGUAA